AGUUCUGCCCUAUGCCAGUUGGAUUUCUCCAGUCAGAAGCUUUCUUGGAAGCAGAAAAUCUUCACCCAAUCUUUCCUUGAAGUAGAAGGAAAUACCUUUGACGUAUCACUGCGAGAUUUCGAUGGGAGAUAACAAUGACUGCUGAUUAAACUUUAGGUACAGAUUUGAAAUGAUUGCAAUUGACUGUGUUAACAAUAACAUCUGUGCGUUUAAGUGACAGCUUCUGCUUAGGUUAAGAUGGCGCCCGCAUCUGCACAGAGACUCCUCUGACAUUCUGGAUUGUAAGGGUAAGCAGCCUGCAGAAUUUAUUUUAGUUUUAUAAUGGUGUGUUUCAAGGUAUAGCUGUAGACGCUCUUUCUCUGCGAUCAUAAAGAAAUUUAGGGAAGGCAAGCAUGGAGAAAAUGGCUAGGGUGACCACUGCCCUUGGUGGCAAUACCAUUACUGGACGAACCAUGUUCUGCCACCUGGAUGCCCCUUCCAACGCCAUUAGCGUAUGCCGCGACGCGGCCCAGGUGGUCGUUGCUGGGCGCAACAUAUUUAAGAUCUACUCCAUAGAAGAAGACCAGUUUAUAGAGAAGCUGAACUUGCGUGUGGGCCGCAAACCGUCUCUGAACUUCAGCUGUGCCGACGUGGUAUGGCAUCAGAUGGAUGAGAACUUGCUGGCCACGGCCGCCACCAACGGCGUCGUUGUGACCUGGAACCUCGGCAAGCCGUCCCGGAACAAGCAGGACCAGCUCUUUACAGAACACAAGCGGACAGUCAACAAGGUGUGCUUCCACCCGACAGAAGUGUACAUGCUUCUCAGUGGCUCCCAGGACGGCUACAUGAAAUGUUUUGACUUGCGCAAGAAAGAUUCUGUGAGCACAUUCUCAGGACAGUCAGAAAGUGUGCGGGACGUCCAGUUUAGCAUACGGGAUUACUUUACCUUUGCUGCAACUUUUGAGAAUGGUAACGUUCAGCUGUGGGAUAUCCGCCGUCCAGACCGCUAUGAAAGGAUGUUCACAGCCCACAAUGGGCCUGUAUUCUGUUGUGACUGGCAUCCAGAGGACAGAGGUUGGUUGGCCACAGGGGGCCGAGAUAAGAUGGUGAAGGUCUGGGACAUGAAUACCAACCGGGCCAAAGAGAUCUACUGUGUACAGACAAUAGCCUCUGUGGCAAGGGUCAAGUGGAGGCCUGAAUGCAAGCACCACAUUGCCACAUGCUCUAUGAUGGUGGACCACAACAUCUACGUGUGGGACAUACGCCGCCCUUUCAUUCCCUCAGCCAUGUUCGAAGAGCACAAAGAUGUCACCACAGGGAUUGUGUGGCGUCAUCUCCAUGAUCCUUACUUCCUCCUGUCUGGCUCCAAGGAUAGUACUCUUUACCAGCAUAUCUUCAAGGAUGCUAGCCAGCCGAUUGACCGGGCUAACCCCGAAGGGCUUUGCUAUAGCCUCUUUGGGGACUUGGCUUUUGCUGCCAAAGAGAGCCUCAUCUCCUCUGAUUCUAAUCGUAAACCUUAUAUUGGUGACCGACGACAUCCUAUUUUCUUCAAGCGCAAAUUAGACCCCACAGAGCAGUUUGAAUUCAUCUCGUCUUCCAGCGCCUUGAGUGUCUUCGAAGCAGAAACAGAGUGUGAUGCUGGCAGCAUGGACUGGUUUGUGCAGACUGCAAAACAGUAUGUGCUGACAGGGAGACCGCUGGCAGAGUUGUGUGACCAUAAUGCCAAAGUAGCCAAGGAGCUCAAACGCAACCAGGUUGCUCAGACAUGGACAAUGCUCCGAGUUAUUUACUCUAGCCCUAGUACAGUAUCCACAGCAAACUUAAACCACAGUAUAGGAAAGACUAGUUCCAGCCUUCCACUCAUGAAUAGCUUUAACUUAAAAGAUAUUUCCUCUGGAAUAGGCAGUGAGUCAAGGCUGGAGCGGAACAAGGGAGAGGGCCGCCCUGAAAAUAUCCUCAUGGAUUCUUCCUCUGCUUUGAUCAAUAAUGAUGAGAAUGAAGAAACGGAAGGAAGUGACGUCCCCGCAGAUUAUCUUCUUGGAGAUGUGGAAGGAGAUGAAGAUGACCUGUACAUGAUGGACCAUGAAAAUCCCCACACUGAGGAACAGGAGUACAUCCUUCCUCAGGAGGGUUUUCCUUUGCGUCACGAGAUUGUGGACAACCCCUCUGCACUGGACCACCUGCAGGACAAAGCAGACUCCCCCCACGUCAGUGGCAACGAGGCAGAGACUGUUUCCCUGACACCUGUGGAGUCUUUCUCCCUCAUUUCCAUCUCUCACUCUCUGUAUGAGAACCGCCUGCCUGCCGACUUCUUCAGCCCCAUUGUUCGCAACAUGUUGCUCUUCUAUGCCGAACAGGGGGAUGUGCAGAUGGCUGUGUCCGUGCUUAUUGUAUUGGGGGAUCGCAUCCGGAAGGAGAUUGACGACCAGGCACAGGAACAUUGGUACACCUCCUAUAUUGACCUGCUCCAGCGAUUCCAGCUAUGGAACAUUUCCAAUGAAGUCAUCAAACUAAGUACUUGCAGAGCCAUCAACUGCCUCAACCAGGCCUCCACUACCCUGCAUAUUAACUGCAGCAACUGCAAACGGCCUAUGAGCAACAAGGGAUGGAUCUGUGACAGAUGUCGACAGUGUGCCAGCAUGUGUGCUGUGUGUCACCACGUGGUGAAAGGCCUGUUUGUGUGGUGCCAGGGCUGCAGUCAUGGUGGCCAUCUGCAGCACAUCAUGAAAUGGCUGGAGAGCAGCUCCCAUUGCCCAGCAGGAUGCGGACACCUUUGUGAAUACACCUGAAGCAAAUGGA